CGUCCGAAAGGGCAGUGGGGGGUGGCCGGCUGGACGGUUCAGGAGGGCUCUGCGGACUGGGUCGCCGGCGCUGGGACACCCUGAAAGCGGAGCGGCGGGGCGCCCGGAGGUGAAGGGGUUGCGCCCUUCCGGCCUAGUCAUGCUCGGUUGGAGGCUGCUGGCUCGGACCGGCGCCCGGGUGCUGGACCGCGGCGCGGGCGGCCUGGGCGCUGCCCGGGGCUCGGAGAACAGAACAGACAUCUGGCUUUUGGUUAGAAGUCUUCAUGGCAAGAGUGGUACUUGGUGGGAUGAGCAUCUUUCUGAAGAAAAUGUUCCCUUUGUUAAGCAGUUGGUCUCUGAUGAAAAUAAAGCCCAAGUAGCAAGUAAACUCUGUCCUCUGAAAGAUGAGCCGUGGCCUAUACAUCCUUGGGAACCAGGUUCCUCUAGAGUAGGCCUUAUUGCAAUGAAGUUAGGCAUGAUGCCCUUAUGGACCAAAGAUGGUCAGAAGCAUGUGGUCACAUUACUUCAGGUACGAGACUGUCACGUCCUAAAAUAUACUCCAAAGGAAAAUCAUAAUGGAAAAAUGGCAGCCCUGACUGUAGGAGGAAAAACUGUAUCACGUUUCCAUAAAUCUACAUCUAUAUUGGAAUUUUACCGAGAACUUGGAUUGCCACCAAAACAGAAAGUUAAAAUCUUUAAUGUAACAGAUAAUGCUGUAAUUAAGCCAGGCACUCCUCUUUAUGCUGCUCACUUUCGCCCGGGACAGUAUGUGGAUGUCACAGCCAAAACUAUUGGUAAAGGUUUCCAAGGUGUCAUGAAAAGAUGGGGAUUUAAAGGCCAGCCAGCUACUCACGGUCAAACAAAAACCCACAGAAGGCCUGGAGCUAUUUCAACUGGUGAUGUUGCCAGAGUCUGGCCUGGAACUAAAAUGCCUGGACAAUUGGGGAACAUAGAUAGGACAGCAUUUGGACUGAAAGUGUGGAGAAUAAACACAAAGCACAAUAUAAUCUAUGUAAAUGGCUCUGUACCUGGACACAAAAAUUGCUUAGUAAAGAUCAAAGAUUCUAAAUUGCCUGCAUAUAAGGAUUUCUGUAAAAAUCUACCAUUCCCAACAUAUUUCCCUGAUGGAGAUGAAGAGGAGCUACCAGAAGAUUUGUUUGAUGAAGACUUGUGUCAUCCUGGGGCACCUUCUAUUACGUUUGCCUGACCUGGACAUGACAGACUCCCACAUGUCCUGUGAAUUCUGAUGAGCCAGAACAAUAAUAUAACCAGGAAUUAUGUUUUCUUAGUAACAACAUACCACACUGGUUAUCUUUGUCAAGGGCAUAAAUUUAUCAUUCAUCCUCCAACUGAAUUUCAUUUAAAAAAUUACCACAUUAAGCAAACCGGUUAAGUAGAUUGAAUAUGCCAAAUUUAGAUGGACCGGCAGUUUGCAUAUUAGUAAAAUCUUUGUAAUUUGUGGGCUUUGUCCUUUUUUUACUAUGUAUUUCUCAAGUUAUCUUAAAUGUUUAUAAAUUUAGCUUCUUUUACUAAA